AUGGCUUCAGCUCGAUUUAUCCUGCUGGCCGUUGCAGGCGCAACCUUUUCAGUCCUUGGGGUCAACGCCCAGGACGUCCCUUUUACCUACAACGGCGCCUUCGAAGGUGCGACGGCCUCCUCCACAGACUUCAACUCGGGAGGCACCAUCCGUGUCAGCGGCCACAGUGUCACAGUGCCCAAGAACCUACAGAUUCAGUUCCCAGCCGCGUGGGUUGGCUUCAAGGACUUUGCUGGCGGCAGUGCUGCAUUUGAUGAGUAUGAGGUUGAGGUGACCGGCAACAUUGUCGGUGGCACGCCCAUUGCUGCGCAGAUCUCCAUCGCGCAGUACCUCCUCGCCGGCGCCACCGGCUUCGUUGACACUGUCAGCUUUGAUGGCCGCAUCAAGAUCAAGGGCGGACCAACCAUUCGCAUCAAUGAUCCCAACGCCGUCUACUCGGCUGGCUACACUGCUCAGCCCUUCUUCACAGCCGAUGAUGCCAACCCCAGCAUCACCGCCUUCUCUGGCUUCCCCAUGUGCGUGCCCAGGAAGGCGGACGACCCUCUGUGCCCUCAGAGCAACCGACCGACUCUCACCGGCGGUAGCAAGCAGGGCAACUUCCCUGCCCCUGACCCUCUUGUCAUGGCUCCAAUCGUCCCUGGUGACUAUCUCGAAUACAGCGGCAUUCAGGUAGACGGCGAGAUCGUCGUCUACAACAUGGUCGUUAGCAACGUGCAGAUCACCACCACUGGAGUUCCUACCUACAUCCGCAUGGAGGAUGCUAUUAUUGGCGUCUUCUCCAGCAACGGCGACCAAGAAACAGCCCAGAUCAGGUUCAUCGGAGUCACUUCUGACGGUGCUGCCAAUGUCAACCCCAUCAAGGUUUAUGCCAUGGACGUGGAUCCCUGCACUGGUAAGAUCACGGAUCGCGAGGUCGCCGCCACCAGCAUGAUUGCCGGCUCCGCCCGUAACAAAUUUGAUUACCGUGUCAAGGCAACGCAAACCCAGGAGUACACGCGCGAGUACCGCAUCGUCGCCGGCACAGGCACGCGCAAGACCAAGAACGGCAUCCUGGCCGGUCAGUAUGUCAUGCCCGUGUCGGAGUGGAUCCAGGCCGAGGCCACGACGCCGGGCCUCGCUCCGUUCGCCAACAACUACCGUAGCUUCCCGACUCUCACCAAGGGCCUGGGCUACGACGACAAGAACAACCUCUGGGGGCCGCUCAGCCCGUUCCCCCAGUCCGGCGUUACCGUGUCUGAUCCGACCAAGUGCCCGCCCCCUGCCACAGAGGAGCCUCCCGCAACCGGUGGCGGCACCACUGGCGGAGGCACCACCGGCGGAGGCACGACUGGUGGCGGCGCGACUACCCCUCCCGCCACCACCAACGAUCUAGUUACUAUGCCGACCUUCACCUGGAUUUCUUCCGGCGGCGGCACUCUGACCAUCUCAUGCCGGUCGAGCAGCACCGAUUCCAAGGUCGCCAUGAAGCUGAGCUACAUCAACAGGAACGGCGCCACGAACGGCGCCACCAUGACUGCUGGCGCCAACGGCGUGUGGAACUUCAACGCGCGGAGCAUCAAGCAGCCUACCUCGGUAACCUGCACCAGUGGUCUCGGCGGCAAGGUGACGCGCACAAGCUAA